CGGAACGUGAACCGUUCAACCGUUGGCGGGUUUCUGUUGUAACGCGGUCGUCACGGUGUAGAGUCGUCGUCGUAGUUGGGAUUUUCGACAUUUUUUUUUUGUUUUAUUUAGUGAUUAGUGAAAAUCGGGAAUAAAAUGAACGUGGCGGAGGUUACGGAAGUUUGCAGACUGUGUCCCACCAAGGCGAUCGAUCCCAAUCAGAAAUUAAUUAACAUUUUCGAUUACACGGUUACCGAGAAAUACAACUUGAAGGAUGUGAUUUUUAUGACGACGGGUGUGGAGAUAUCGGAAACCGACAUAGUAUCGAGGAAGAUUUGCCCGAAGUGCUUGAAGCACGCUCAGAAAAUUUAUCAAAUAAGGCAGAUCGCGUCUAAACAAGACAAACACUUAAAGGAACUGAGCGUCAAGUACUUGGACGAUAAAGGCAUUCGUCUGCCCAACACCUGUAUAACAAUGAAAAGGAACAUUCAAGCGGCAAAUAGGGCCGACCGAAAAUUAACCCCUCUGACCGAAUCGACGUGUACAAAAUCGAAAAUUAUUAAAAAAACCGAAAAGUUUAAACCGUAUCCUCCACUGCUUCCAUUUACUUCCACCAUGAAACCUAUCAAGGGUCUUCAUCAAAGCGUAAUCGACGUUUACCGCCGAUUUCCGAAGUUUAAAUUGCCCAAGAAGUGCCUCGAUAGACAUCUGGCCCCGAUUAUAUCACUAACCAUGGGCGAGGUGGAAACGUUUUUUAAAGAGAACAAGUUGGACAUGAACAAAUUCAUUUACAGAUCGCACCAGGGGAACAACGCUCAACCACGCAUUAAAUGUAACAGCGUGGCCAGGAAAAAAACUGCGACUCCAGUUAAAUCCGUGGCAGACUUAAGGAAACAGAAGAAGAACAUGCCGUCAGAUGAAAUUUGCAAAUUAUUGAACGUGGUGGCGAACGAGGCGGAAAACAGUCGGAAACCGAUCGAAAUACCCGAGGUUCCGGUAGUGCGACCGUCCGCGGUACGUAGGGGACGACCGAUGAAGUUUUUUCGGAACCCCGCGUGUUCCCCAAUAAAGUGUGAAAGUGAUAAACAAGUUAUUGAGACCAUUUCAAAUGUUGUGUGUAAUCAAUUGGACGAUAGUGCUCCCGUUAAUGAAACAUUAGUGAAAAUCAAAGAAGAAUCAAUUAGCCCGAAGAUACGCCAAAAAAAACGUAUGCUGCUACUCCCGAACUCCACCUACCAAAAGAUGUGUAAAGUGUUUGAACAUCAGUAUCCAACUCAACCCGAAAUCAAGGCUCAACCUGCUGAACCGUCACCUCCGGAUAGUCUGAGCAACACAAGCAAACCGGACUUUAUACAAUCACUUGGCUUAGCACCGGCAGGCGAGGCGGUCGUACCUAAAAGUAUUCUGGUCUGUAAGAUAUGCGGAAGCGUCCAUAAAAAUGUCACCUCCCUAAAGACCCACAGUAGCAGACACCGCAUUUGUCCGCACUGUAAGUUAAAGUUUAAAUCGGUGGAACGGAAACAGAACCAUAUUGAGAAGGAUUGUGAAACCAAAAAGAUAUUGGAGUCCCCCGGAUCGUUUAUUAGUUUGACCAGGGCUGAACUGGAUGACGAUUUACGUGAAAACUAUUUGGAAGCCUUUUAUAAUGCCGAGAUUGUACUUAGACCAGAAGAGCAAAUUGUGCUCGAUGACGAUGAUGAUGAUGAUGAUGAAAUAAUUCUUGUUUCCGAUGAGACCACUAAGAAAAUCCCUAGUUCGGAGGCAGAGCAAUCAAUUGAUUCCGUGUCUAUUAUAAAACCGAUUAUUAAGAUCCACAAUAAUUCCUUGCUGGAUCAGUUAGGAAACAACACGAAUGAAAAAGAGUUUCUAAACGACUUAGUAUAUUUAUUUCGACAAAAGUAUCCGGCAUUUCAGUCAGCCCAAACGGACCAACCAAUAAUCAAGAGCCAAGACGUAGUCUUCGAAGAAAACGGACGUUGUCGAUUGAAGAACCUAAAAGAGUUACUUCUCACAUACAACGUCCCGGUCAGUUUUCAAAAUGGGAGCCUCAACGUCUCCUUCCAACCCCAUACACCGCUCCCCAACAAGAAAUGUGAGUUAGAUACAUGGAACGAUUUGCCUCUUAUAGACAAACAGGAUCCCCCCAACCAAAGUUACCCGGUAACUUUCGUACAGUCGUCUCAACUCUCGCUCUCUUCCAUACAAGUAAUGACCGCGACCCCCACCAUGUCAAUAAUUCUUCCCAACGCGAUAUCGAUCCAAACUGGCGUCAAUAACAGUCCGCAGACGACGCAAUUUUUCACUCCCAACACGCAACAGACCGCCACCCUUCAACCGAUGGUGCAAAACUAUACUAUCCCCAUCAAUUUCCCUGUAAUUAAGAAUCAAAUGUCAGUGUCAUCGCCUAGUAGCGCCCCAACUACAUCCCCAAAGAGGGAGUGUGCGGCUGCAACAGCAGAGAGUAGUCCCACCACUUCUUCUUCUUCGAGUAAAUCUUCUUCAAGUGACGUGGAAUUGACCGCGAGUCCUAAAACUAAAACAAAGAAACUCAGGGUGAGGAUGGCGAGAAGUCUGAGGCUGCGGAAAGUUUGGGAAUUGAACUGAAAGUAGAGUUGUCUACACAGAAUUUUCUUUAUUCUAUUUUUCUGAUCUCAUAUGGUCAAGACAAGGUUUGUCGAUCUGACGACAGAUGUAUACAGGGUGGGAACUACAACUGUAAUCAAUCGGCUAGCACAUUUAAACAAAAUGUUUCAAAGGGAACGUAAAAACACGACUUCUAAGACCUUUAAGAAUGUGUUAAAAUUUUGUUUUUCUAUCAAACCUAACCUUGCUUUAUUUUUUUUUUAAUGGGAUAGUGCUGUCUAGUAAUGGUGCUGUAGACUUUUUAGAUAGCCAAGUUCAAGGGGAAAGUUUGGACCUCAAGAAUCAUCUUUUACUUAAAUAACUAAACUGUUGAAGCAAUUUUACUGGGUACUUACUUUACCAAAAAAUACUUUUUUAAUAAUACUCAUUCUUUAAUUCGAUUUAUCUCACAAAAGUCUUAGACAGUAGACAUGUUUUUUUUGUUAUUCUAGUUAGACUCCCCACCCUGUAUAUUUCUUAGGUUAGAAUUCAAUAUUUUAAUUUUUUUAGCAUUUAUACAUUAAAUGGGCGUUUGACUUUAUUGCCUCAAUAUUUAAUCAAAAAAUGUAUUAAAUUAUACUUUUAUUUAUUUCUUUUUAACUUUUUAUAAAAUAAGUAGAGUUAUGCUUUUGUCCAUCAUUUUGUUUUAUGGUCACAAAAUGGAGGUCGAUAAUAUUCUCUCGUUUUAUGUUAAAACUUAUUAUCCAAAGAUUAAUCUGGUUAAGUUCUAUACUUUAAAUUUAUACGAU